ACGGCGGCCCGGUUGCCGCGGGAUGCCGGGCGCGGUGCCCGAGCCUUGCGGCCACCCGGGGCCGGAACGUUCCGUGCGCGGCCGCGCGUUCCGGGGGAAGGAUCUGCGCGAGGGACACCGGCGCCGCCAUCAUGGCGGCCUGAGGCGCGGCGGGCACGGCGCCGGGAGCGGCAGGACCGGAGGCCAGGCGGAGAGAUUGAAAACCUAGAAUGGCAGGAGAACAGAAACCAUCCUGCAAUCUUCUUGAGCAGUUUAUUUUACUAGCCAAAGGUACAAGUGGCUCUGCUCUGACUGCCCUUAUAAAUCAAGUGCUGGAGGCUCCUGGGGUUUAUGUCUUUGGAGAGCUCUUGGAGUUAACAAAUGUACAAGAGCUUGCUGAAGGGUCUAAUGCUGCUUAUUUCCAGUUGCUGAACCUGUUUGCAUACGGAACGUACCCAGACUAUGUAGCAAACAAAGAUAACCUGCCUGAAUUAACAGUGACUCAAAAAAACAAGCUGAAACACUUGACGAUUGUAAGCCUGGCUUCCAGAAUGAAGUGCAUUCCCUAUUCUGUGUUGCUGAAGGACCUGGAUAUGAGGAAUUUGAGGGAGCUGGAAGACUUAAUUAUUGAAGCAGUUUAUACAGAUAUUAUCCAAGGGAAGCUGGAUCAACGAAACCAGGUGCUAGAGGUGGAUUUUUGUAUCGGCAGAGACAUUCAGAAGAAGGACAUCAGCAAUAUUGUCAAAACACUCCAGGAAUGGUGUGAUGGUUGUGAAGCAGUUCUUUUAGGAAUUGAGCAGCAAGUACUUAGAGCCAACCAAUACAAAGAGAAUCAUCACCGAACUCAGCAGCAGGUAGAGAUGGAGCUGUUAGAGAGCACCAGUUCCUGCAGGAUCACCUGCCAGCUGUGAUGCUAUACCUUUUACAUCAUGACUGUGAGAUGACACCUCUCCUUGCUGGCAGACAAACCAGGUGGGUAGGCAUUGCUCCUCAGAGCUGUUCUGCAUCUGGGGAGGCACAGGCUGUUGCCUGGUUUAGCGUAAUGGAAAUCAAGGACAAUGUUGUAAAUAAGGGGCAAAGCACGGAGCUGUGUCCUAUUGCAGCUUCUGCUGUUGCAGAAAGCAACUUUGGGCAAAUCAGCUCCUCUGCAGCUGCAUUUCCCAAGACAGCCUCUCUCUUCCAUGCUGACUUUGCGACAGGUUUGUAAAGUGCUUUGGUCUCCUGGCUGGGCAGAGGUUCCUUGAUGAUGGAAUUGAAGAUGCGUAUGUAUGGGAGGAGGGGAAUCUUAAAGCUUUCAAGUUUUUCUAGAAGUCAUCUUUCUCCUGUGUACCAUAUACUCUUCUUUUCCCUGAUGCAGAUGAGGUGGUCCACUGUGGGAAUAUCAGCCUGGAGUAUUAUGGGUAAUAUGCCAGGUUAAUUAUGGAGGGGGCAGGAAAAAUAGCCUGUGCCGUUUUCAACAAUAUCAAAGGGAUGCUACCUAAUGAUUUUCCUAUUAGUUCUUUUCCCAGCCUGCCAGAGUCACUGCAGAGGUGUCAUUUACAAAAGCAGUUUGCAACUCAUUACCCUGGAUUUUCACUGUAGUUCUGCUCCAGAGAGCGUAGGCUUUUGCUGUGUGCCCCAACCUAAUGAAUUGCCUGAUUCAGUUAGUGCUGCCAUCCCUUCUGACAAGGUUAGUUGCUGACUGACAGGAAGGGGACUGAAUUCAAUUCCCUUCUUGUUUUUGACUAACACUUGUGUCAAGUGCAGGCUCCCUCUGGAAGCUGCCCUGUGAUCCUUUCCCUUUGUUUUCCUGUGUUCUGAGGAAAGCAGCCCAUGCUUGGAGAAGUCCUAGAGCAAGUGGCAGGGGCAUGUGUGUUGCUGCCCACGGCAGUCCCUGCUCAGUGCCUCAAGUCCUUUUCCAGCUGGAAAAUUCCAAUGCUUUCCUGCUCUGGGGCUAUAGGCUUUUCUUUUUCUUCAUUGGUUUGGGAUUUGCUGUCACCUGAGCUGGGCUUUGUAACCCUUCAGCAAUAAAUACCUUGGAAAAGUUGCAUUAAUGGUACCAGGGAAAAACAUGCAAUGUGGGCUGGGGGUACAGAACUGAUUUCCCAUAUGUUAGAGGACAAUUGUGUCCCUGUUGUGGGAGCUCCCAAGGUCUGCUCCGGCCUGUUUGGGCUUUACAAGGCACUUGUACAAGACCACAGGAGAAAGCUCUUACCCUUUUUCGCUAGGGAGCAGCAUGCUUUUUCAGGCCGGAGGCCUGUGGCUCAUGUCAUGCUAGGAAUAGCUCCUGGAGAAGAGAAAUUGAGGCUGUUCCUCUGUCAUGUCGCAAGUGCUCCCACUUGGAAGCUGAAUGUGGCUACUGCUGGUUCAGCUGGUAGCACAGUAAAUGUGUAGGUCCCGUGGGUGCUAGUUUGACCUUGGUGUGGGCAGAGGAGCUUAAGACUCCUGCCACCCUCACUUCCAGGUGUAUGCACACACCUCUGCUCAAUGCCGUUCUCUGAGCCUGCUGCUGAGACACCAGGUGCCACCCCCCUGAGGCUGCAGCUUGCAUCCAGGACAGCUCUCGCUGUUCAGUUAUGCUGUCUGGCUGGGACGUGGCAAGGGAGUUUUCCAGUGCUGGCCCUCGAUCCUUUUGCUGGAUGUCUUGAGGAUUUGACCUAGCUGACCCACAAAGGAAGCAGUGAUGUGAGAUCGAUUUGUUUCUGCUGCACUUGAUGCCUCCUCCCCUCUUAAUUAGAUUCCUGUGGCCCCUCUCUUUCCUGCUGGCUUUGUUUCCUGCUGAGCCACUGUCAGGGAGACCCAAUUGUGGCCUUUCCAGGUGCUUGCUGUGCUCUAAUGAGCCGUUUCCAUUUCCUAUUCUGGCCUGCCCACAGAACCGAGGAAGGUGCUUGUCAGCGCUCUGAAAACUGACCUCUACUCACAGUGCCACUCUCUGCCCAUCAGACCCGCUGGUCUGGCUGUGCCAUGUGGGUGCUAAGGUUGAGUGGAUCUGGAAGUUUUCCCAAGUGCUCUUUCACCUGAGUUCUGCCUUCUCUCUUGCAUAUUGGCUCACCCCCUCCACAUGGGCACGAUGUUCCCAUCCUGCUGGUGGGAAACCAGCAUGCUGAGGGACAGGGUGACUUAUCCCUGGUCAGAGCGAAAGCAGCAAAGCGAGGAGCCAAGCUGUUAUCCCCUCUUUCUGCACAGGGAGCUCUCACUCUGAUCGCUUUCCUUCUGCCAAACUAGUGUCCUUUUGCAGUGCAGCUUUGUCCUUUUCCUUGGGCUUGCUCUUUUCCAGGAAGCCUGGGUGGAUGGAAGGAAUCCAUGCUGCGGGGCUGUGCUUCUCCCCUUGGAGUACGCUGCAGAGGAGAAAUGGGAAUCGAGACAGUAUGCAACCCCAGGCUGUGAUCUCUGGGAUUUCCCCCAACCUGACCUCAGGUUCUGCCCCACUUAGGUGGUCGAAUUUUGUGGAUUGAGUCCCUGAGACCGAGUUCCCUCUGCUCUGUUGAGGAGAGCCCCUCUGUCACUAUGCAGAUGGUUUCGUUCCAGCUCUGGCUUUGCAGCAAAAAGCCAAAACUGGAAGGGGAAUUGGCCCCACCUUGGUCCCCACCUGGUACUCUGUUGUGGUCAGUGCUCUGGCUUCAUGCUUGAGGACCCUGAGGCGGACCUGCACUACCACCUUCUUAUACCACUGUUCAGACCUGGUGCGCGAGGUCUGAACAGCAAGUGAUUCCUUAUUGUCCCGUAGGUUUGCUGGGUGGCAGUGGACAGUCCCCUCUGAUGAGCAUCUCUUUAGGAGCUCCUGUUACAGUCUCUCCUUUGCGCUAAGGAUGUAUGGAGCUGGUAGGGUGGCCUUCAGAAGUGUUGUACUUGCCUUGCUGAGCCCUGACAGUGGGUUGUCACUACCUACAGGCAUCUCUGGAGGGCUGUAGCUGACCCUCAGGCAGGGCACCAGGCUGCCAGCCACCUGUUCUGCCUCCCUUCCUCCCAGGGUCUAGAGUUGGUUCCCCACAGGCAACAUCUUGUGUGGUCUGUCAGCUGCUGCUCCCCAUCCAGCUGGACCCUGGACAUUGUGAGGUGGGUACCUGCCUCUGAUUGAGGCUUUGCACGUAUGAGGCUAGAAAUGUCAUGUGCACGCUCCUAACCAGAUGAUUGAGCUGUCGGGUGUCUGGAUAAAUCCCCUCGUUCUGUAAACCUAAUGUUCUCUAAUAGCUGGGGAGAGUCUGGCUGGAGGUUUCUAUGGUUUCCUGGUGGUUGCUACGGAAAAGGAUCUCUUUGCUUCUAGGUCUUGGUGACUUUGUUUUUGCCCUGUCCUAGGCACUGGAGCCCUGCAGAACAUAAUGGUUGUUGUUCCCCAGCCCACUACAAUGGUCAGGGCAUAAUUUGUGACUCCUGUCACGGCUGGGCUGGGCGCCUGCCACUCUGUUUUUCUCUAAGGCCUCUUUGAAGAUUGAGACCAAAGAGCCUUCAUCCAGGAGUCUGCGUGUUUGCUGUGCUCCCCACCCCCUCGCUUGCUGUUUCCUUUAGAGCUCCAAGUCAUUUUAACAAUUUAUUUCAUGCACUUUACAUAGCAAGAAGCUGUAGCAACAGCUGUGUCCGUGAAUCCUUACCAGGCAGCCCUCAGUAUAUUUUGGUCUGUCUAUGUAUUGUCCCAGGCACAGUUAAAUAAAUCACUGCUGGAGGAAGGGACUUUACAGCUUAGCAGCAAAGGUUUGGCAAAUGGGAGUAUCAACAAGAUACUCAGGGAGCUGCUGGAUCCUAGAAUAACAGCACUUCUGGCAUAAAGCUCUGUUCCCACCAGCACAGCCGGGGGCCAGAUCCAGCACAGUCUCUUUGUUGCUGUCAGCAGGGACUGCAGCUCCGUACAGCGCCCAGUGGUAAAGCUAUAGUUACAGGAUGAAAUUUGGACCCAAACCUGCAGGCUGGAAGCAGUUAAAAUGCGUCUAGGCCAAAUGCUGCUCUUGUCUCGCUGCUAUCAAUCCAUGUCUAGGCUGUUGAACAUGAUGGGCUUAUUUCCACGGGUACCAUUCAGGAUCUGGGCACAGAUGAGCUGCCCGAGGCCAUGUGCUCGCAGGGAGUUCAGUUGGGUUCUGCAGCUGCACGCCGCGCUGGGCAGGAUCUGGUCCAUCAGAGCAUCAUGGAAUUGGGCACAAGUUUACUUUUGCAUAUGGGAUUAAAGCUUAAAAUAUCAGCUGGCCUUUUUCUUGCUCCUUACUUUUCUAAAACAUCUGAACAACUUCUUCUUGAACUCUGUUAAAAUCAGUCAAUCUGACAUUAAAAUUGUAUGUGAAUUUGAUAAAUAAAGACAGGUUACAAAAUGCCA